AUGUCUCAGUCACCAGCGAUAGAAGAGGAUGACAAGACAGAAGCGCCGCUCACCAUGGCAGCAUCCGUCGUCCUAACAAAUCUACCGCGCGAUGCAUCGAAAGCCCUCGAAGCAGCAGGGAACUUGGGUAUAGAAAAGAUCACCGUCCGCCUUCAACCCAUCGGCUCAGCACCUCAUCUGAAUCAAAGAGUCUUUAAGUUAUCCACAAACCAGCGCUUUGAGACUAUUGUCCGCUUCCUACGGAAACGAUUAGGUGUCAAGGAACAUGAAAGCGUGUUUUGCUAUGUUGGUAGCGUCUUUUCACCCGCGCUUGAUGAGGGUGUAGGGAACUUGUGGGCGAACGAAGAGCUCGUCGUAGGUUACGCACUGUCACCAGCUUUUGGGUGA